AUGCAGGUCAUCCACCUUGCACACCAGGGUCUGGUAAAGACGAAACAGCUGAUACGAGAGAAAGUGUGGUUUCCAGGCAUAGACCAGAAGACGGAGGCCGUGAUCAAGAGCUGCGCAGCCUGUCAAACAACCGUCGAGGAGAAGAGGGUUUCGCCCCUGAUGAUGACUCCACUACCCGAUGGGCCAUGGCAGUCACUUGCAGCAGACUUUGCAGGACCCUUGCCAGGAAACAGCUACCUGCUAGUGGUUGUGGACGAGUACUCACGAUUCCCCAUCGUUGCGACGUUGUCUUCACUGACUACCACAUCGGUAACGGCAAAACUCAACGAUAUAUUCGCAGUACACGGCUUACCACAUGUACUGAAAACAGAUAACGGUCCACCAUUCUUCUCGAAAGAAUUCGCAAGCUAUCUGAGACAAAAUGGCAUACGUCAUCACCGUACCACCCCACUGUGGCCGCAAGCAAACGGUGAAGCAGAGAGAUUUAUAAGAAGUAUCAAGAAGACCGUGAAGGCGGCUGGCGCCUCCGGAAGCAACUGGAAAGAAGAAAUCAGCAACUAUCUCCUGAACUACAGAGCAACGCCACACUCCACGACUGGCAUUACUCCAGCAGAACUUCUGUUCGGCAGAAAAAUUCGAACAAGAAUUCCUGAGAUACCAGAAAAGAAACCCCAUGAGAACCUGGAAAAGAGAGACCGGGAGAAGAAGGAGCAAAUGAAAGCAUAUGCAGACAAGCAGCGUCAUGCAGCGCACCAUGAACUUCGACAAGGAGACACUGUGCUACUGAAACGGCAGUCGCCACUGUCGUGUGAGUCUGCAUAUGACCCUCGACCAUACCGAGUCAUCAGGGUCCAGGGAACAGCGAUCACCGCCGAACGCGACAACAAGAAAAUUGUCAGGAAUGCCUCAUUCUUUAAACGCGUUCCUGAAAUCCCCUCUCAGGAUUCGGACGAGUGGCAAACAGCGGAGCACCCUGCCCAUACAGCUGUUCCUCCUGCCAACGCAGAAGAUAGCACCAGCCCUUUUGAUGCGAGCCCGGAUCAACGCACAACCGGCAGCCAUACCACAGCAUCAGUGACAAACUGCCGUAGUUCCGAACGUGCAAAUCGCGGAAAACCGCCUACAAGAUUUGCAGACUACUUCUUUAUGUGA